AUGGUUCAACCAAGUGUAGAAACAAGAUCAGGAAUUCUUACUAAGUUAGGUAUAUUCUCUGUUAUAGCUAUUGGGAUUGCAUUCUACGGGAAGUCACGUGCUAGUGAAUAUAAGAAAGUUAGACAUUUACAAGAAUCAGAUGCGAUAAUAAAUUCCAGAAUCAAGUCACAAUUGGAAGAGUUUGAAAUCAAGAAGAAUUAUCCUGGAAUGAACACUGAAGAAGGAGAUUUCGAGAGGAAAAGUAAGUAUGUUGGGGCUGGAAGUAGUUAUAGUAGUAGAAAGACUGGUGAUAGGUUUACUUUUUCCAGUAUGUGGAGGUAA